CGAAUUUCCGUUCCCUCCGUUUGCCUUUUUUUUUUCUCCGCUCUCUAUUUGGAUUCUUUCUCCCUCUAGAUCACGCCUUUAACUGCUUUCAUCAAGUACUGAAAUCUCCAAACUGCCCCCAAAACCUAGAAUUCCCAAUCGCAAUCCUAAUCCUAAAUCAAUUGCUUCAACUAUAUGGAGGAAUCAGCUGAUAGAGGGGAGCUACCGAUCAUGGAGAAUGCUAGGGGAGAGCUCCGGCAGCCGGAACGGAGGAAUGUUCGCCGGAGAUUGGUGCAGUCCACGCUGUUUCCGCACAAACCUCAGGAAACUGAAGUAAUUGACGACCAGAAAGCGGACAAGGAUUGUAAUGCCGACGAGGAGGGUGGCGAAGACUAUGAUUGUACUGAGAGUCAAGGCAAGAAGAAGAAGAAACGCAAGGGAAAGACAACAACUCCAACGAAAGCGUCUAAGAAGGUGAGUACACAACCAAAGGAGAAGAGUCUGGCAGAUACUACCCCUAAAAAGCAUGCGAAGAGUAAUGGGAAAGUAUUGGCUACUCUGAUAGAGAUUGAAGAUGGGUCGCCACCACCUAUGCCUAACCUGAGGUUAGAAGCAAAGAUGACAGCUGAGGAAAAUUCAAGAAUGUUUUCUGGAAGACAAAUACACCCAUUUUUCUCAUCAUGGAAGGCGGGGAAAAGAUGUGAAGAGACUAAUAAAGCAGAGAGAAAAGAUAAUAGGCUCACUAUUGGUCCUAUCCAUGUGUUUGAUAAGGUUCAGGGUGAUGAUGUGUCAUUUGAUUGGAGAAAUUGGUCAUUUUGUGAGAAAUGCUCUACAAGUACCACAUAUGAUCGAAAUGGCGAAUCCCCAUCAAUUUUGGAAGCCUCCGUUGAUGCGUUACCAAUUGAUCAACUUUCCACUUUUGCUCUUCAUGCUGGUGCUUCACCUCUUCGAGAUAAGGCUUCUUUAGAUCAGUGUCUUAUUCAACUAGAUGGCAUGCGUGAGACAACACCAACAAUCUCCACCAUGUCAGCUAAUGAGCAUGUGGGAUGCUGUUCGUUUGUAAAGGGCACAGAAAUGGACUGCACGGCACAUAAAGUUGAUAUCUUUUCCUCCUCGCAUGCUGAUGGUGUUAAAAAAUCAGACGCCAGGAUAAGCAAAUAUUUUCAGGAAAGGAUGAUGUCAUACUACAUCGGCUCUUCUCUUCAACUUGAUGGCCGCAUAUGGGCAGAUAAAUAUCAACCAAAAAGGGCCAUUGAGGUAUGCGGUAAUGAGGAAUCGGUUAAGUUUUUGAGUGAGUGGCUACGUCUUUGGCGUGAAAGAGAUCAUAAACCAAGCAAGAACUCCAUUGGCGGUGAUGAAAGCAACAUUGAAGAUACUUACGAUGAAUGGUAUCCAAGUGACACUGACUCAGGGAACAUCGAUGGACCCAGGCUGAAGAAUCUCCUCUUAGUCACUGGACCAGUGGGGAGUGGGAAGUCUGCAGCCAUCUAUGCUUGUGCUAUGGAGCAAGGUUUCAAAAUUUUUGAGGCUAAUGUGUCUGAUUGUCGAAAUGGAGCGGCUGUCAAACAAAGAUUUGGAGAGGUUUUAGAGUCACAUUCUCUCAACUGGUCAAAGGAAAACCCUGUGGAUUCACGGAAUGAACUCAAUGUGAAGUCUUGCCCAUCUACACCAAAUGGUAAACCAAUGCUGGUAACUAACGAGGUCAUAGAAUUAGAUACAUUAGAUGAGGAGGGUAGUAAUGGAAUAUUUAGAAGACCUACAAAAUUUGCUUUGAAGGAGACUGGAACUACAUGUGCUCGGGAUCAACUUAGACCUUUGAUUCUCUUUGAGGAUGUUGAUAUAGUUUUUCCUGAAGAUCGAGGUUUUAUUGCUGCAAUACAAUAUAUUGCUGAAAGAGCAAAGGGACCUGUGAUCUUGACCAGCAAUUCUAAAAAUCCUAUCCUGCCAGACACUUUGGACAGGAUUGAAGUGUGCUUUGCAUUGCCAUCAUCAAAGGAGCUAUUUUGCCAUAUUUACAAGGUCUGUGCUGUAGAAAAAGCUGACAUUCAAUCUUGGUCGAUAGAGAGACUAAUUAGAUUUUGCGAGGGGGAUAUUCGGAAAACAAUUAUGCAUCUCCAGUUCUGGUGCCAGGGCAUAAAUUUUCCAGGUAGAGAAGUGCUGGGAUCCCGUCCUCUGCCAAUUGAUCAUGAGGCCGCCCACCAAAUGCUACCAAAGAUACUCCCCUGGGAGUUACCAUCUCAGUUAUCUGAGCUGGUUGAAAAGGAGAUCUCUAAGUCAUUAUCUAUAAUGGAAGAUGAUUCCACCUUCGCAGAUGUCAUUGAGGAGGAAUUUAAUAAUAAAGCAGUGCAGGAUAAUCCAGAGAGGCAUGUUGAUGGAAUGGACUGUAUGGAGGCCAAAAAGGAAGCGAUGUUAAGCUGGAAUGGUUUUUUUCACAAUUGCGACGACUUUGCAGGUCGUCUGCAUUCUCCAUGCAAAAUUUCCAAUUCCCCAGGCACUCCAGUUUCGUUUUGUCAGAGAAAAGGUGGGAAAAGGCUGAACGUCGUAAUGUCUUCUGAUUCUGAAGAUGAUGGAAAACUCAAGGAAAAUCAUAAUCAAUGCUUAGAUUUGCACUUUGACGACACAUGCAAAUCAGUUGAUAUAUCAAUUGUGCCAGAAUCAACAGUUGUACCUGAGACGGAAGUUGGCAAUGGAACAGAGCUGUUAUCUAAAACCGUGUUUGGUGAUCAAGAUGCUGAUACUUUUGAAGAAGUUUCUAUGAACAUUGAGUCAAAACAAAACCCCUUUUCAGUUGAAGCUGACAUUCUUGAAAAAUCUGUAUCCAUCUUCAAUUCAUAUUCAGAUAUGUUAACCUGUGAUGUAAUUGUAGCAUCAUCAUGUGAAGAGGAUUUGGAAGAUUCUUUGAAUGAACAUGAAGAGGAUGCUACAAGAGAAUAUCAACCGAUGGAUGAGUGUAGUCGCAUGGCUUUCAGUAGAAAACCCAACCCCACAGUAAAACAUAGAUCCAGUUGGGCGACUUCUUCAGUGCAGAAGUCAUGGGAUAGAAUUCGUAACCACCAAAUAGAGCUAAGUCAUUGCAUUGCAUCAGAGCGUACAGAUGCUUGUCAAAUUACAAAACUUGCUAAUCGCGUGACCAAUAUGAUUUCAGAAGCUGAUAUUUUGCUUUCCAAAUGUCGAUCACUCGAUUUAUUGGAACUGUCGAGUAUAAUCCUUCCUGAGACCUCAGAUGCAUUCAGCUGGUGUGAUGAGCAGUCGCAGAUGACUUCUACAAUUUUGCAACAUGGACUUUGUUAUUAUGCUAAACAAAAUGCCGCUGUAGGGAUGACCAUGGGUUCUGAGAGCAUGGUGAAUUUAGCACCGGAGGUGCCUUCCACAGCAAAUACGUCAGGUAACUUAAUCCAACAGCCAACUGAAACUGGAAGGAUUAUGGAGGGCGGGCUGCAAAAAGUUGAUGAGUUGUUAAACAGCGACAAGAAGUCAUGUCUCUUUGAUAUAAUUCAGUCAAUAGUUCCUUCAAGAUUGUAUCUUGCCUUGAAAUGUGAGGCCUUCCAUGAUUAUCUUUCUUCUUUGGCCCACAUUUCAAGAACAGAAGUUUCUCAUCUAUCGAAAAGCAUUGGCAAGACAAAAAGACGAAGGACACGAAGUGCAAGACAUUAUCUGAGUACAGGUGCACUUAUGCUUUCUGCAGAAGAAAUUUCGUUGCUUGGCGAACAUAAAUUAUGUGGGAAGAUUUCAUCCCAGUCAACAGAUACUGAUAUCAGAUAAAGCUGUAGACCUUUCGAUUAAAGAUAGAGAAGACUAACAGGGAAGUGGAAUAGAGGAACCAUUUCAAAGUUCAAACCGAACAUGAAGAUUCCAUGGUCGUUGCUUCAUUUGUUCACAUACUCCACGCAAAGCUUACAUGGAAAAAGAGGAUGCCAAUGGCAUGGAUUCAAAGCCAGGUUUUCCUAUUACUAUUGAUAGUUGCUUCAAUUGUUUCUCAAUUACCGUUGGCACCCUAGGUUGCCUUUAUUCCUAGAUUAGGUUCCUUUUUCCUUUUCCUUGACCUAAUUCUGUAAUUGCUUCAAACGCCAUUGGCUAAUUCUGUAAAGUUCAUACCAGAUUUUGGUAUGACACACGGUAUAGGAAUCCAGAAUUCUUUAAUUUAAGUAUAUAGUGUCUAAAUAGGUUUCCUGGCUGUUCAAUAAGCUACAGUUUAACUGAAUGGUAGUUGAAAUAUUUUCAUGUUGUAAAGAGUCAUUGGAAACUCUAAAUCUUCUCUCCUCAUGGUUACUGAAUUAUAUACUUGUGCCUCCCUUGCUUC